AUGGCAAACUACGCGGAUUACUUGGCUCAUUUUGACUUCGAGGUGGUUUUCAAAGACUCGAAGGCAAACGCCAACGCAGACUACUGUUCCAGGGCGCCGUUACCAACCACGGUCAACCAAGUUUGUCUUCAGUCAUUGGUAGAGGGGGAAGGAGCAGGAACGGACGAGUUUGACCACUUUGUACUCCACCAAAUCAAACAAUUACCAAUUCGAGCAGAAGCCAUCGCCAGGGCAACGAGGAAAGAUGAGCACCUUGGCAACAUUCUGAAGCUUUUGGAAUCAGGUCAAGACCUCCUUCGUCACGGCUUCAAGUCACCUGAAGCCAACUACACCACGGCCGCUAAUUGUUUGUUGUUUGAACACAGAGUUGUGAUUCCACCUUCACUCAGAAACGCCAUUCUUCAGGAUUUGCACGCCGCUCACAUCGGAAUCGUCAAAAUGAAAGGGCUGGCCCGCUCGUUUGUUUUCUGGCCUGGCAUCGAUGCUGCAAUUGAGCAUGUCGCCAAAUCUUGCACUGAAUGUGCAAAGCAUGCACACGCCCCCGUCCAAUUCCGAGAGCACCACUGGGAGUACCCUACAGCUCCAUGGCAGAGAAUCCACAUUGAUUACGCCGGGCCAGUUGCUGGAAACAUGUUGCUCAUUAUCGUGGACGCCUAUAGCAAGUGGUUGGAAGUCAGAGUAACCAAGUCCACGACAUCAGCUGCUACGAGCCGAAUCCUCGACAACCUUUUUGCAACGUUUGGGGCACCAGUCAUCCUGGUUUCGGACAAUGCUCCUCAAUUUACAUCCGCAGAGUUCAAAAACUUUUUGAUGAUGUCUGGCGUGAAGUACCAUAAGCUCACAGCUCCUUACCAUCCCUCGACAAACGGUCAAGCUGAAAGAUGCGUACAGACGGUCAAGGACGCCCUGCGCGCGAUGUCAACAACCGAGAGCACUCUUCAAAGCAACAUCAACGAGUUCCUGCGACAAUAUCGGAAAGCUCCUCACGCUACCACCGGUGCAUCCCCUGCUCAGCUUUUCAUUGGGCGUGAUCUGCGCACAAGACUCAACCUUGUUCUCCCAGAUGAUUUACACACCAAGAUUUCUGAGAAACAGAAGGCCAGUUUUGAUGCAACCUACCGUAAAUUUCAUCAAGGAGACUUGGUGUAUUUUCUCUCAGAAAAUCCGCGCAUGGACAAAUGGAUUGUUGGAGAAGUCGUGUCCUGCUUGGGAGAUUUGCACUACGAAAUUGAAUUUCACGGCAAACGGUUCAAAAGGCACAUUGAUCAGAUUCGCAGUCAUGAGCAUUCACCAGAUCGGGGAAACACAAUGGGAGCAGCAGAACCUGAUCGUGUCGUUGGCGACGGAAUUAAUUGCGGUGCACCACGCAGGACACGUUUCUACGGCCAAGCCCAAGCUCAGUCAGAGCAGCCACAAACAUCAAGACGAACUCCAGCACUUCCGGCUACACCUGUAGCAUCUCCGGUUCCUGCGAUCCCUGCACCCGCAAUGCCGUCCACCCCAAGGAUUCCACGCAGAUCUCAACGAGAGCGCCGUGCUCCACUUCGGUUCUCUCCGGAGUGA